AUGACCAUUAGAUCAAUGAAGUUCAACCCAGAGGUCCUGCUUGGAGCUCCUCGCCGAUCAGGCGCAGUCCCCAAUUCCUCCGGCACCCUCGCAGUCUACACUCAGACCUCUUACUCGUUCGAAUCUCAUUCGAAGACCAGUGAAAUCCGAGUGCUGGACAUUGCCUCAGGUCGCUCUGCCCUAGUCACCAAUGAUCCCGGGGCGAGCUCUCCGCAGUGGCUGGACAAUUCCGACCAGAUCGUUUGGCUGAAAUCGAAGGCCAAUGGCAACACUAGCUUCAUUAUCGGCGAUGCGCGUGAAACGGACAAAACAUACACGGCGGGCACGGUCCCAGGACCGGUAUCCGAUCUGAAGGUCACGGUUGUCGAACCGGGCAAGAUUGGUUUUGCGGUGACCGGCAAGGCGAACCCGGACGGGUCGCUGUUCAAUCCCCACGAUGCCAAGAAGCCUCUCAGCACGGGAAAGCUGUAUACCUCCCUGUUUGUCAGACACUGGGACUCGUACAUCGAGCCCCAGAGGAAUGCCAUCUGGUAUGGCUUGCUUCAGCGCGCUCCGCUGUCCCCGGCUACUAGGCACGCCGGCAAGUAUUCUGUUUCGGGACUGACCAACUUGAUCUCGGUGUCUGGCUUGGCUGGUGUUGAAUCGCCCAUCCCGCCUUUUGGGGGAUCCGGGGACUUUGACAUCAGUCCCAGUGCAAUUGUAUUCGUGGCGAAGGACCCGAGCUUGAACCCUGCCACGCAUACCUCCUGCUCAUGCUACUACUGCCCCAUGUUCUCCUGGACCAGCAUGGAAGCAUCGCAGUCUAAGAUCUGUACCGUCAAAGGUCUGGAAGGAGCCAUGUCGUCUCCGGUUCUCUCGUCGGACGGCAGUUCGAUCGCUCUUUUGGCGAUGCGCGAGGACGGCUACGAGUCGGACAAGAACCGUAUACUAUACGUUCCCAACCCGUGGAAUGGCGAGAUGAUCGAGGCGUUUGGAUCGUCUGGUGGCGAGGGGCUUUGGAAUCUGAGUCCAUCGGCGUUGACUUUCGCCAACGACGACAAGUCGCUGUUCGUCCAGGUUGAGGAGAAUGGACGCGGGGUGCUCUACCAGUUUCCUCUCGCCAAUAUCCGUCACUCCACCCCGGAUGUGCUCAAGAAGAUUACCUCCUCGGGUUACGUGACGGAGGUUUACCCGGCAUCAUCCAAGUCGUCUAGUCUUCUUGUUUCCAGUAAUAGCUUGGUCGACAAUAGCGUCUGGAGCAUCGUUGAUCCCGAUUCUCCCGAUAACACGCGUGUCAUAUCCUCCAUUGGCCGGGCCGGAGCUAGCUUUGGACUUUCCGCCGCCCAGGUCGACGAAAUCUGGUUCAAGGGAGCCGAAGACCACCCGGUCCAUGCCUGGGUGGUGAAGCCGUCUCACUUCAAACCAGGAAACAAAUACCCGCUGGCCUACUUGGUCCACGGCGGACCGCAGGGGGCGUGGAAUGAUCAGUGGAGCACGCGAUGGAACCCGGCUGUCUUUGCCGAGCAGGGAUACGUUGUCAUCACCCCGAACCCUACUGGAAGUACGGGUUACGGACAGCCAUUCACCGAUGGGAUCCGCGGAAACUGGGGCGGUAGACCCUAUAUUGAUCUGGAGAAAGGCUUCGAGUACAUUGAAAAGAACCUGGAUUACGUGGAUACCAGCCGGGCGGUGGCUCUUGGAGCGUCGUACGGCGGGUACAUGAUGAACUGGAUCCAAGGUCAUCCGUUAGGGCGUCGUUUCAAGGCUCUUGUGACCCACGACGGGGUCUUCUCCGUGCGCUCGUUGCUGAGUACCGAAGAGAUGUACUUCCCCGUGCACGAUCUUGAGGGCCCCAUCUGGAAGGUCCCCGAGAACUGGGACCGAUGGGAUCCGUCUCGACACACUGGCAACUGGCAGACACCGCACCUGAUCAUCCACAAUGAGUUGGAUUAUCGACUGACCAUCGCCGAGGGGCUGGCAGCAUUCAACGUUCUGCAGAUCCGCGGCGUGGACAGCCAGUUUCUGACAUUCCCGGAUGAGAACCACUGGGUGCUGAAUCCCGAGAACUCCCUGCUGUGGCACAACACCGUCUUCAACUGGAUCAACAAAUAUGUCGGACUUCCUCCGGUCACCAGUCCCCCGGAGGAGAAUUUGUCGAACAAAAGGAACUCGCUGGAAAAGGGACUGAGUAAAAUGGCGCUUUCAUAA